AUGAGCAGCGCUCUGGGACAGUUUACUAAAGGAGCUUCCUGGGAGGAACUCAUUCAGGCAAGCAUCCAGUCAUUCGAUGACGAUGGGAAUCUUUGCCACAGCAACCAUCUUUUGAACAUCACCCUCACCAUGCACAGAUCACUACUGUCCUCCAAAGAGCUGCUGGACAAGCUGAUUCGCCUCUAUAAAAAUACACUGGAGGGUGAAAAGCCUGCAGCGUGCUUGAAAAUAUGUUAUUUCAUUCGGUAUUGGAUAAGUGAGUUCUGGACCAUGUUCCAGUUGCACAGCUGUCUAGAAGAAACCUUGGAGCAGUUUAAGGAGCUUAUGAGGGAAAAUGGUCAAGAGAAUUUCUGCUCUUUACUGCAAACAAAGUGGAUGGGUGACAGAGUGUGGUCUCACAAAGCCAGUCAGAAAAUCAAGGUAAGAAGCAGCAGAAAGAGGAAAGUAUCUUUGCUCUUCGAUCAUUUGGAGCCAGUGGAGUUAGCUGAACAUCUCACCUACUUGGAGUUCAAAUCUUUCUGCAGGAUAUCUUUUGCAGAUUAUCAGAAAUAUAUCAGAAAUGAGUGUUUGUCAGAGAACCCCACCAUGGAACGUUCCAUUGCGCUGUGCAAUGGUAUCUCCCAGUGGGUACAGCUCAUGGUGCUCAGUCGACCGACCCCUCAGCUCCGAGCCGAGGUUUUCACCAAGUUCAUCUAUGUAGCUCAGAACCUCCAGCAGAUGCAGAACUUUAACUCUCUUAUGGCUGUAGUAGGAGGUCUCUGUCACACGUCUAUUUCCCGACUGAAAGACACGUGUACACAUGUGCCAAAUGAAAACACCAAGGUUCUGAAUGAAAUGACCGAUCUACUCUCAUCAUCUCGAAACUAUGAUAAUUACAGACAAGCAUACAGCAGGUCCACAGGUUUUAAGAUUCCUAUUUUGGGGGUGCAUCUGAAGGAUUUGAUCACCGUGAAUGAGGCCAUGACUGACUACCUAGACAACAAAAAGAUCAACGUGCAGAAGCUUCAAGCCCUCUACAGCCACAUAAAUGAACUCAUCCAACUACAGCAGAACUUACCGCUUCUAGAUGCAAACAAAGACCUAGUGCACUUACUGACCCUGUCUCUUGACCUGUACUACACCGAGGAUGAAAUCUAUGAGCUGUCCUACGCAAGAGAGCCGAGGAACCACAGAGCACCUCCGGUGACUCCUUACAGACCCCCUGUGGUGGUGGACUGGGCUUCAGGUGUUGCUCCCAAGCCAGACCCCAAAACCAUCAGCAAACACGUUCAGAGAAUGGUUGAUUCUGUAUUUAUGAAUUAUGACCAUGAUGAAAAGGGCUUCAUCUCCCAGGACGAUUUUGAGAAAAUUGCUGCGAGUUUUCCGUUCUCAUUCUGUGUUACAGACAAAGACAAAGACGGACUCAUCAGCAGAGACGAGAUCACAGCGUAUUUCAUGAGAGCCAGCGUCAUCUGUUCCAAACUCGGCCUAGGUUUCUCUCACAACUUCCAGGAAACCACAUACAUGAGACCUACCUUCUGUGACAACUGCUCAGGAUUUUUGUGGGGCGUCAUUAAACAAGGUUACAGAUGCAGAGACUGUGGAAUGAACUGUCAUAAAUCCUGCAAGGAUCAGGUAGCAUUCGAGUGUAAAAAGAACAAACCCAGCAGCAACGCAGACCUGAGUCCACCUUCUCAUACGCCAGAUACCUCUGCAAGUGGUCAUGAUGAUGAAACUCGAUUUGUCUAUCCACCUGAUGCUCUACCAGACAAUUCUGAGCACCACAAACAGUUUGGCCUGAGAAACACAACCGUCCACAGAAGUACUCAGACAGAAGGAACACCAUCAACCAGCCAGGUGCAGUCAUCUCUGCUGUGUCCUAGUGGUCCACCCCUCACACCAUGCCCGAGCCCUGUUCCUCAGCGCAAACGAGUCUGUGCCAGCAAGACUCCCAACACACUCGACCUGGCUGAGGAGAACAAAUCCAGUUACGAAGCUCUGGAGAAGGAGAACCAAUCUCUACAGAAGAGUAAGGAGAAGCUCCAGAGAAAGCUAAAAGAAACCGAACGUGAGGUGGAGAUCCUAAAAACGCUCUUGAAACGACAUGCUCUCCGUCCAGCCGAGGAGGAUUCCUCAUCAUCCUCUUGAUCAUGUAAACCUUAUAUUUGUUAACUCAAAAAACUCAAAAUGCAGGACCGUUCCUGGACUAGUGGGACACACGACCCUGCCAUAUUCACAAUGAUUCACUAG